AUAAAACCACCCCAUAUGCCAUCUCCGGUUCUCCACACCACCAUUCAGAGGAACCACACCGACACCCCAUCCACUUUAUCUCAGUUGAGAGGUUUAGAAGCGGUGAAGCACAGGUGCAGCAAGAGCUGCGAGAGGAAGGAGCGAGCAGCAAUGGCGAGGCACAGCCUCCUUGCCGUGCUCCUCGUCGGGCUGGUCGCGGCCUCUGGUUUCAGCCAGGCCGCCGCCGCUGGUCGGGGCCUCGCCGAGAAGCUCCCCGAGCCGGAGCCCAAGCCGAUGCCGUACCCGGAGCCCAAGCCGGAACCCAAGCCAGAGCCAAUGCCUAAGCCUGAACCCAUGCCAAAGCCAGAGCCUAAGCCUCUGCCUAAACCUGAACCCAUGCCAAAGCCAGAGCCUAAGCCUCUGCCCAAACCUGAACCCAUGCCAAAGCCAGAGCCCAAACCGGAGCCGAAGCCGGAGCCGAUGCCAAAGCCUGAGCCCAAGCCUGACCCGAUGCCCAAACCUGAGCCUAAGCCUGAGCCCAAGCCAGAGCCGAUGCCCAAACCAGAACCAAAGCCAGAGCCCAAGCCCGAGCCUAUGCCAAAACCUGAACCAAAGCCCGAGCCCAAACCCGAGCCGAUGAAGCCUGAGCCUAAGCCGAUGCCAAAACCCGAACCGAAGCCAGAGCCCAAGCCCGAGCCGAUGCCUAGACCAGAACCAAAGCCAGAGCCCAAACCCGAGCCGAUAAAGCCUGAGCCUAAGCCGAUGCCGAAACCCGAACCUAAGCCAGAGCCCAAGCCUGAGCCGAUGCCAAAGCCGGAACCCAAGCCUGAGCCCAAGCCUGAGCCGAUGCCAAAACCGGAACCCAAGCCCGAGCCCAAGCCCGAGCCGAUGCCAAAACCGGAACCAAAGCCUGAGCCCAAGCCUUACCCAAUGCCCAAACCUGAGCCUAAGCCUGAGCCCAAACCCGAGCCGAUGCCCAAACCAGAACCAAAGCCAGAGCCCAAACCCGAGCCGAUGCCAAAGCCGGAACCAAAGCCAGAGCCCAAACCCGAGCCGAUGCCAAAGCCGGAACCGAAGCCAGAGCCCAAGCCAGAGCCGAUGCCAAAGCCAGAACCAAAGCCCGAGCCAAUGCCGAAGCCAGAACCGAAGCCAGAGCCCAAGCCUGAGCCGAUGCCAAAGCCAGAGCCUAAGCCCAAACCAUUGCCUAAACCAGAGCCUAAGCCUGAACCUAUGCCUAAGCCAGAGCCCAAGCCUGAGCCCGAACCGAAGCCGGAGCCGCCUCCGAAGGGCAAGCCACCGAUGAUUGACAAUUGAUGUGAUACUCACAUAUGACAGCUGAAGGAGGAGAUCAACCCCGUCCGGAGCCACGAUGUGCUAUUUCUAGAAUAAGUGGCAUAGUAUCCGGUUAGCGAGAUAGUGAUGAUGCAUCUUUUUGUAUUCCUUGUAUUCCACCAUUCCUUUUAGUUUCUGUUGUUCCAUGCACCCAUGAUGAGUACUACUAUCUGUAAUUAUCAUUUGUGUGUUGGUAUAUGUUCAUCUGUGCACAUGACUCAGUUGUUCUUUCGUGUA